GAUGAUGAUGAUGAUGAUGAUGAUGAAGAUGAAGAUGAAGAUGAUGAAGAUGAUGAAGAUGAUGAUGUUAAAAAUGGAACUGAUUCAAAAAGUGGUUCAUCAAUUAUUGAUAGCAAUUCAGAGAAAGAUGAUGAUGAUUAUAAUGAUGAUUGUGAUGAUGGCUCUAAUGGUAGUGCCGUUGAAAGAAAUGGGUUGGAAAAGAAUAUAAAAGAUAGUGAGAAUAACAAGAAUAACAAGAUCAAAGAUGUCCAAACUUUUUCAGAUGAAAUUGACCCUUUUGCUAAAAAUAUCAAACAACUUUUACCAAUCCCUCAAUCAAAUAUUGAAAAUAGAAAGAAAAGGUUAUCAGAGAAUGAUAAUGAAAUUGGUGUAGGCAUUCCCUCUCAAAAAACUAAAAAACCAAAGGAUGAUAAACUUGGAAACAAAAAAAGUCCGUAA